UCUCCCGAAAAAAUGUCCAACAGCCAUUACAAUGAUGUUUGGCAUUUGGCCCAAAAUGAACUUGAAUUAUUGGCCCUAUGUGAUUAUGAGCGACAAAAUCAAGAUAUAGACACCACAGCGGCAGCAUUUGCUGCAGCUAAUGCCGAUAGCGAUCUUGCUUAUGGUGAUACUAAGGCCUUAAUGCAGGCCAGUACUUAUGAAUUCUAUCUCAAGUACAUUUGUUUGGCCAAUAGGCUGGAAGAGGUAUACGACAAAAUGAUACAACCACAGAAACGUCAAUUAAUACGCAACCUUCUGGAUGCCACUUUGGGUAGGAUCAUAGAGCUGAAACAUGACUUGGUUAAUAUUGAUGUUAUGGAGUUUAGCUAUAAUGAUGCUAUAGUAGAACGUUUGAAAUUAACGCCCAUAGAUACCGAACUAAGAAUACCUAGAUAUUUCCUAAGGGAAAGGCGUAAAGAAAUCGAACAACGUAAUAAAACUAUGCAUGAUAUAUUGGUGAAAUUGGGUUGGGUGGAGGAGAAUCCGAUUGUAGAGCAAAUUAGCGAAAUUGAGGCUAUACGUUUGAUACAAAUGCACGAAAGGGCUAGGCAGGGCCGACUGCGGGCUCACUUUAUGAAGGAAAUACGUAUGCUAAAGGAAAAAGGUAAAACCGAGGAGAAAGAUAAAGACCGCACAGAUAGUGGUCUGAUGGCCGCUAUGAAAAUACAGAAAAUGUGGCGUGGCCAUACGGCUAGACGAAAGACACGUAGGCGUAAACUCGAUGAAAUGAUACUAAUAGGAAUGGUGCCACCGCCAUCACAAGUUUUAAAAACAAGAGCAGAGAAAGUCGAUAAAUUGAAUGAGAUUUUCGAAAGACGUUAUGCUACUCAAGAAGCCUUUAAAGAAAAAUUUGAAUCUACUGUCGAACUGGUACGCGAAGAAAUAAAGUGUAAACAUGGUGCCAAUAUGACCGAAGAUAUUGCCGAUGAACUGCGCUCUUGGAUAAAAGAUUGUUAUGAGAAAACUGGGAAAUUACCAGAUUUUCCCUCCGAGGAUCAGGGCGGUUCUUUGCAUAUUUUCAGUCGUCCCGGUACUGAAAGUGAAAUAAGUCGUUCCUCGGCACGGUCAUCCAAAGAGUCUCGUAAGACCAAAGAUAAAUCUAAAUCACCAGCAAGAAGCGGAGAUUUAAAUGUUAAUGAAAAUCAACUUGAUGAAGAUGGAGGUUUGCAACCGGGUCAGUCUAAUUGUUUGCCAGAUAUAAGAGUGGAAAUUGAAAGAUUUAAUGAAAUUUGGCGUGAUAAAGAUGAAUCUGGAAAUUUUCGUCAAUCGGCAUAUGAAGACAUGAUUUACAAUGAAAAGUACAAUGAGGUUGAAAGAGAAUUUCGUAAAAUUGUAGAUGAUGUUAUGAGGCAAGAAUUAGAAUUGUUACAGAAUGCCACUGGGAAAAAAGCCAAGAAAAGUAAUAAAAAAGCCAGACGUUCGGGUAAAAAAGGCAAGAAGAAGAAGGAAAAAGAUUUAACACCAGAUCGCACCACUGAGUCACUAUACGAAGAAUUAGUAACCAAUGGCAUUAUAAGAAAAUAUCCCGAAGUAAGAAUGAGCCAAUAUUUGGGAGAUAAAGCUAUUACAGCUAGAUCUGGCACAAGUCCUUCACCCGGAGAUAUAAGACAAAUUCUAACCGAAUAUUGUGUAUUGCCUUUGGGUUCUGAACAAAUACACAAUUCGUGCCCCUUAAUACGUUCUAUAUUGUUAGCUGGCCCUAGGGGUUCGGGUAAAAAGGCUUUAUUACAUGCCAUUUGUACGGAGGUGGGAGCGGUUUUAUUCGAUUUAACCCCUGCCAAUAUUGUUGGCAAAUAUCCGGGUAAAUCGGGUUUAAUCAUGUUAAUACAUUUGGUUUUGAAAGUAUCACGUUUACUGCAGCCGUCUGUCAUUUAUAUGGGUGAUGCGGAAAGGCCAUUUAUGAAAAAGGUGCCCAAAACCGAUCGUACCGACCCCAAACGUUUAAAGAAGGAUUUGCCCAAGUUAAUUAAGAAUAUUGCACCCGAGGAUCGUGUUUUAUUUAUAGGAACUUCCAAUUUACCCUGGGAAGCUGAUCAGAAACUUUUGCAACAAACUUAUAAUCGUUUUAUAUACAUACCGCGACCAGACUAUGGUGCUUUGUCACACGCUUGGAAAUCACUAUUACAUGAAUAUUCUGGAGGUUUAUCCAAUUUGGAUUGCAGUGUUAUGGCAAAAAUUUCAGAUGGUUAUACUAUAGGUUCAGUAAAUGCUUGUUUAAAAGAAGUAUUAACCUGUAAACGCAAAUUACAAUUACGCUCGCAACCCUUGACCCAUGUUGAACUUAUUAAUGCAUUAUGUACCAGAGAUCCUGUCUACCGUGAAGAAGAGGAGGCCUAUGAAUCCUGGUGGACAAAGACACCUCUGGGACGCAGACGCCAACGUCUACUAGAAAUUGAGGAAGAAGCCCGAUUAGAGGAACAGGUGCAGGCUGCAAAACAAACUAAUGGGAAGAAAAAAGCUUGA